AUGGAAAGAGGACACUUGGAAGCGUUGUCCUACCUUUUCGAUGCGGCGUGUUUUGGAGGAGGAGGAGGAAAGGACGGGGCGAGAACGAACGGACCACCGGUUUUGGGGAAGUUUUUGAUGACUCGGAAUUUGACUGCAUCGUCGUCGUCAUCUUCUGGAGGAGGAGGUGGUGGAAAUACUGCCACGAAAACGAACGAGAGCGGCGUUUUGAGAGCGGUGCUGAAAGAUGCGAAAGAAAUCGUCGGACAAAUCCGGAAGAAAAGAGACGAGUGGUCGUUCGCGCGAGCGAAUUUCGCGUCUGAUUUUACCGCGAAUUAUCGAAGAAAAAUCGGCCACCCUUUGCUGGCGAAACUUCCCUUUCUGUCGUCGUCUCAAUCGUCGCGAGAGCAAAAUAAUAAAGCUUUGUCGAAAGUGUACGAGUUCAUCGUCGAUCCGUUUUCGUUUUAUAAGGAGGUGUGCGUGAUUUCUGUUCUCGUGUAUUUCGCGAGGCAAACGGCGACGGCGAAACGGCGACGGCAUCGACAGCGGAAGGAACGCGUGAAGAGGAGCAUAUUGAAGCGGAUGUCCAAGUGCGAGACGUACGCCAAGUACGUGACUUUAGAGGAAGAGUUGGAGCAGUUUGAAGAGGACGAGGAGGAAAAUAUCGCGAUUACGUAUUGUUCGAGCGAUAAAAGAGGAUUGAAGGGUGGGAAGUUCGGGAACAGUUUGAACGGAUUGUUUCGAUUGAGUCAUAGUAGUCAUAACGGUACAAAUACCAAAGAAAGUCACCACAGAGAAGACCAACAAACGAAGAGCAGUAGUUUUGACCAGAAAAAAGAAUCGAUGGAUAACGACGACUUUGGGUGCGUCGGGUUUCAAAGGCAACACAAAAGAGAGGAAAAGUAUACCGGUUUUACGCCGAGAGAGUACGAUCGCGCGUUAAUCGCGGAGCAGUUGAGAGUUUUGAGAGUGCAAAGGAACUCCGGAGACGUCGAGGAGAUCAUGUUCGGUUUGAGAGCGGAACUGUUGAGAAACUUAGGGAACAUGUCCAACCUCGGGAGGCGGUUACACGCGCCCGUCGGAGGCGUACCGAAGUUAGUCCGAGAAUACAUAAACGAGGUGAAGACGUGUUUGAAGCUCAUAUCGAACGAUUCGCAGAUUCCCGUGACGGAAAAGCUUUCGUUUUUACAAGAAACGAGACACGUGUUCGGGAGAACCGGUUUACUCCUUUCCGGUGGAGGAAGUUUAGGAACGUUUCACAUCGGCGUGUGCCGAGCGCUCAACAGGAGAAAUUUGUUGCCGCGAGUGUUAGCUGGGUCUUCCGUUGGAAGCAUCAUAGCCGCGGUGGUGUGCACGCGAACGAGCGAGGAGUUGCACGAUUUCUUUAGCGACGAAAACUUUGAAUCCGCGUUGCCGGAUUUGACUUUCUUCUCCGGCACGGACUUCUUAACUUCUAUGUUUCAUCUGGUCAAAACUGGAGGCAUGCACAACAUUGAUUUCUUCCAAAAGUGUUUGAGAGAUUUAUACGGCGAUUUGACCUUUCAAGAGGCGUACGAUAGAUCUGGCGGAAGAAUUUUGUCCGUCUGCGUUUCCCCGGCGGACGCCCGACCGGGCCAAAAACCGAGACUGUUGAACUACUUAACGUCACCACACUUGGUCAUCUGGUCUGCCGUCGCCGCUUCGUGCGCGUUUCCAUCGUUGUUCCCGCCGCAGCCGUUGUUAGCAAAAGCACGGAACGGCGCGUUUGUUCCGUGGCAAUCCAGCGCGAACGAAGGCGGCAAAGGUCGCAAAACGCAGCGCUGGCGCGACGGAUCUUUACAAGCCGAUUUACCCAUGGAGGCGUUGUCGCAACUGUUCAACGUGAACUAUUUCAUCGUCAGUCAAACCAAUCCGCACAUCGUUCCAAUUUUAAGAAUAAAACGAUGGUUUGCGUCUUUGCACCCCACGCUUUCGUGGAUUGCCGAUUUCGUCGAGUCUGAGUGGAAGCACAGAUGUCAACAAUUUCUCGAGUUUAUCCCCGGCGCGGACGUUUUGGACGUGGCGAAACUGUUCGGCCAAACGUGGGAAGGUGACGUGACCGUCGUCAUGGCGUAUGGGUGGAAGCACUUAAGAAUGAUUCAAUCCAAUCCGACGAGAGAACACUUAUUCGACACGGCUACUUUAGGCGAACGCGAAACGUGGCCGAAACUCGGCGCGAUUGAAAACGCGUGCGGCAUCGAACAUACUUUGGAUGAGUGCGUCCGCGAAUUGAGAGAGAUGAAAAUGGAUCGACGAAACGUCGCCACGCGAGGACGCGUGCCGUCUUGGAACACGCUCAAUUAUUGCAGUCGAGGCUCGUUCGAGCACAUGCUGGCGCGCAAACAAUCUGAAGCGUUAACUGCGAACGGUAGCAGCUACUCUUCGGACAUUCAGCACAAGCACCCGUCUCAGAGAAACGGCGAAAAGAGUCGCUCGCGUUCGCGCGGUCGAGGAACCCCCGGUGAACAAUCAGACGGAAACGAAACUGGACCAGGAAGUCCCAUCGUUAGUGACUUCUUGGAAAGAUUCGUGCCAGGCGUCGCGCGUCGAAACAGUCAGCGCUCUUCCGUCAACGUCUCCGACGAAGAAGAGGACGAAGAACGAGAACAAGAAGGCGCUCAAAACCAACAAACCUCUUCUCGAAAAAUCAAACGCGUCGGCUCUCUCAUCUUCGACAACUGCGACCCGGACGAAAUCGAACCGAGAGAUAUCAUCGAAUCCGCGAUGUCUUUAGAGACCUUACCGUUCGACGAGAGAGAAAAAGUCCUCAAAUCCGAAGCCGAGAAAGCUUUGCGGGACUUUCGCAAGGAUAAGAAACAAAGGAGACCGGUGGAAGAAACACAACAUCAAACACAAACUUUGUUCGCACGCUUUUACAACAUCAACAUCAACAACAUCUCAAAAUCAUCACACACACUAUUUAAUAAUACAAUCAUGUCCGCGUGGGGUAACAAAACUUCCACUAAUGCUAAAUCAUGGGACGACGACGACGAGGAGAAGCUCCCGGAUUUCCCCGGUUUAGGGGACAGUUUCGGUCCGCCGCCAACCACGAAUGCGACGACGGGGAGUUCCUCCGGCUCGCAGUUUCCAAGCUUAGGCGAAGCGCAAAAGACAUCCAAGAAAAAGAAAGGGACGAAACUCUCCUUAGCGGAGUUUUCCGGGAUUACCAGCUCCGUGUCCGCGCCGAUUACCGACGAUAACGUGUACAGACCGUCCCGAGGAGGAUCGGGUGGAGGAUCAGACCACGUGGACGUGUACGCGCUCCCGAAGGCGCCGAAUCGAGAACGAAGAGAGGAAGAGGAAAGCGAGAGACGACGACCAGGGGAGUUAGGUGGGGCGUUUAAAGAUUACGGCGGGGACAGAGGUGGUGGCGGUGGCGGCGGGUACGGCGGCGGGAGAGAUCGAGACGAGGACGCAGGCGAGAGAGGCGAUAGGUACGAUCGAAGAGGCGGCGAGAGAGGCGAUAGGUACGAUCGGAGAGGCGGCGAUCGGUACGGGGACAGAGGAGAUCGGUACGAUCGGGAUCGGAGAGAUGAGUCAUCUCGCGGCGGAAGGAGAGACGACGAUCGCGAUUUCGACGAAGACGGGAGAGAGCGAAGGCGCGAGCCGGAACCGAGUCGCGCGGAUACCGGAGAUUGGUCGAAGAGAGCGGUGUUGCCGGAAAGAGAAGAAAGACGUGGUGGUUUCAGAGACCGCGGCGAUGGGGAUCGGCGAUACGAGGAUCGAGGAGAAGAUCGACGAGGAGGAGGCGAACCGCGCGAACCGCUGGGACCGAGUCGCGCGGAUACCGGCGACUGGUCGAAACGAACGAGCGUCAGAGAGGACGAUCGAUACGAACCCGUUCGCGAGCGUCCGCGAUUGAAUUUACAAAAACGAUCGGAAGGUGCCGAUAAGAAAGCCGAAGCACCCGCGGGUUCUUCCAGUCUUUUUGGCGGCGCGAAACCGGUGGAUGUGAAGUACGUCGAAGACGCGCCGAGAGCGCCCGUUCCCGAACGUCGCAAAUCCGGCGAAUUCGAACGCAGAGAACGCAGAGAACCGCGAAAAGAGGAGGAAUUGCGAGAAGCCUCCGCGGAAGAACUCGUAAAUCGACCGAAAUUGCAACUGAAAAAACGCGAAACGCCUGUUGGAGAAUCGACUUCCGAGGCCAGAAGUUCCCUCUUUGGCGGCGCCAGACCGCGAGAAGAGGCUUUGAAAGCUUCCGGUAAAGACUGGUUAGAAGAAGAUAAGCGCAUAGAAGAAGCCAAAUUGGAGGAAAAGAAACGUUUAGCAGAGUUAGGUGAUAAGAAAAAAGACAGCAGCAGCGGCAGAGGUGGCGGCGGCGGUGGAAGCAGUCGCCAAAUCUCCAAAGAAGAGCAAGAGUUGAAGGACAAAAUCGCGGCGCUCAAGAAAGAAAACGAAGGCGACGACGCCACGGACGAACGCGCCGCUGAAAUCGACCAACUCUACGAAGACUUGAAAAAGCUCAGAGUGAGCGGAAGAGACUCUCGACCGGCUCGCAAAGAGAGCAACGCCAACAAAUCUUCGUCGUCCGAGAACAACGGCAAAAAGCAACAACCGUCGUCAGAAAAGAAACCAGCCAACGUCCCAGACGCGGACGGAUUCAUCUCCGUCAAGGAAGCGCCGGCGAAAAAGAACAGCAGCGAAAGGAAAGAGCAAACCGAAACAACAAAACCAGCCGGGGAAAACGGAAACGGGACCGCGAAUAAGAAAUCGAACGUGUUCGAUUUACUCGGCGAAGACGAAUAA